CCAGUUGCUAAGUAACGCUAUUAAACAAGAAGAACCUUGACUUUCCCUGUUUGGCGUCGGGAGGCAAGAGAAAUGUUGAUAUACACAAACGGUGCAUUCCUGAUCUUUUCCUCUUGACUUUAACACCACAUUUUGUGAGAUACUACUACCAGGUGAGAAGCUUUGUGCUGAAUGGCUGGGUCAUAGGAGCUGAAGCUGCUGGUAUGUUUCUGAACACAAUUUCAUCUCUUGAUUAACGUCAACUCAGAGAAAAAGAAGAUAAAAUAUGUACCAUGCCCAAAAGGAAGGGAGCCAAAGGGACAAAGGUGACCCUCAAGAGUGCGAAAAAGGCAAUACGUAUGACCCCAGAUGGACGGCGCAGACUCACACUUAGCAACAUGGGUAUAACAAUCUUCCCAAAGUGUCUCCUCAAACUGACCAAUGUUGACGAGCUGGACCUGAGCCGCAACCUGAUACAGAAGCUCCCAGAUAACAUUGGGAACUUCUCAUCGCUCAGAUGGCUGGAUCUACACAGUAACAGACUUGAGUCUGUGCCCGAGUCUAUUGGCAACCUGGUUGGACUGACCCACCUAAACCUCUCUAACAACUGCCUAACCGCUGCGGGUUUACCCUUCUCAUUGGGUUUUCUCACCAGCCUGAAGAGUCUCAAUCUGGGAAUGAACCAGCUGGACAGCCUGCCUCCCACAAUAGCAGCUCUCGAUAGCCUCCAAGAGUUAGGCCUGUUUGAUAACCUCUUCAUCAAGCUACCAGAGUUUGUGGCAGUCCUAAGCAACCUAACUAAGGUAAACAUGAAGCGGAAUCCUCUCUCGUAUGCUCAGGAAGAUGGUGAGGGAAAAAAGGAAAAGUCAGGACCAGAGGAGGAUGUGUAUCUGGUCCAUGAGAGCAGUCUGUGUAAGACAUGCCUUAAGAGAUGUAAACAGCAGAGGGAGAGGCUUACGAGAGGAGGAGGAGGCGGUGACAUGUUUGAGGACAAAAGGAUGAGGACUUAUUUGGGACUGAUGGUGCCAAACUCAGUGGCCACACUCAAUCAAGAUGUGUGGAGAAUAAGAAAGCCAGGAAAUGAGCCAAUCAAAUGCUGCUGAUGGAAUCUUAACCCCCUGAAAACUUUUAGAAUAUUUACAUGAGGAUAUUUGCAUAAUAUCUUAUUAUAUGUCACACAACUAUUUUUGGCAUAUUUUCCACUUCAACUGAUGUAAUAAAAAUGUGAUUACAUGUAA